AUGUCUGCGCGGCAGCAUCAACUGCACAAUGUUUGCGAUGCCAUCUACCGCAGCGGCACAGCGAGGGAGGCUCUUCGCCAGGCAGUACACGAGCCAUCGCACGAGAGUGCCCUCCGCUUGCUUGAAGAGUUCGAGAAGGAUCCCGGUGUGUGGCGCGACGAGGCGUGGUCCACCGCUUUCCUAACCGCCUCCUCGCACCUGUCAAGCCAGAUGGACCUCUUGCUUGUCCGCUUCACGCAGUGGCACACAGUGCGUAAGGCGCCGACCAAGGUUGCAAUGCACAAGCCAUGGGACUGGUAUCCUCAAGCACGUCUCAUGCGCCGCCGCUUUAUCUUCCACUACGGCCCCACGAACAGCGGCAAGACGCACGCCGCUUUAGAGGCACUGGUGCGGGCACGCAGCGGCGUCUACUGCGCCCCUCUCAAGGCGCUGGCGGCACAGGUAUGGCACCGCGUGAAGGAACGCGUGCCGUGCGACCUGCUCAUCGGCGACGAGCGCGUGUUUGGCGGAGCUGCGGAGCACGUCUCAUGCACAGUGGAGAUGACUCCGGUGGACUUGCCGGUGGACGUCGGGGUUGUGGACGAGAUUCAGAUGAUAGCGGAUCGCGACCGCGGGUGGGCCUGGACACGCGCCCUCCUUGGCCUGCCCGCGCGCGAGAUUCACCUCUGCGGUGAGGCUCGGGCAUUGCCGCUCAUCCAGAAUCUGCUCUACGCCACCCACGAGCGGAAGAACUUGUCAACAGUGGAGCACAAACGUCUCGUGCCGCUGGCGGUGUCUCCGAGCCUUCGCUCUAGGCUGCGGCCGGAGACAGUGGAGAACGGCGACUGCUUCGUCUGCUUCUCCAAGAAGCAAGUGCUGUCCCUGCGGGACAACCUAAACCGUCUUCCUGGCGUGAAAAGCUUCGCCAUCUACGGCGCCAUGCCAUUCCAGGUGCGAGAGGCUGAGGCUGCACGCUUCAAUCGUGGUGUUACCGACUACAUCAACGCUUCCACCUCCUGCAGCGCCAACGCAAAAAACAACACAGCUGGCUGCAGUACCACGUCGCCGCCAGGCACCCGGCCUCGUGAGUCAUCGCCGGAAACGGCGACGCCCACAAAGCACGUUCUCGUCUCUACCGACGCCAUUGCCUACGGCCUCAACAUGAACAUUGAGCGCAUGGUUUUCACGACACUGCGCAAGUUCGAUGGCAAGGGCAUGGUCGAGCUGCCUGCUGCGACUGUCCAGCAAAUCGCAGGGCGCUCCGGCCGCUUCGGCCUCACUCGGCAGCACGCUGUGGGCCGCUGCACCGUGCUGCACGAGUCCGACAUGGCAGCGUUUGGCGCCGCCAUGUCUGCGCAGCCGGAGCCGCUUGCAAAGGCGGGGCUGCUGCCCACAGGCGACAUUCUUCAGCUGUUUGCCGAGCUGGAGUCUGCCAAGUCGCGCAAGGCGAGUACGCCAACUUUGGAUCUGAGUGGCGGAUCAUUUUUUGAGCUCAUGUCGAGGUUUGCUGCCUCGUGCGCGGAGUCGCAGAACUUUUUCCCCUGUGACAUCCAUCGCUCUCUGCUGCGAGUGGCUGAGCUCCUUGAGCCGGUGCGCAACCUUUCCUUGACGGAUCGCAUUAUGUUUUGUUAUCUGCCGCUGAGCGACAUGAGCGCUGCAUCACUGCAGCUGAUUGUAGCCUACGCCACCGAUCACGCUGCAGGGAAGCCUGUGCCCUUGCGCUUCGACGUUUGGUGCACGGAGCUGAUGCAGCGGGCGGAGCGAGAAGAAGCGUGCUGUGUGGGAGCCGCACCUCCGCACCAGAGGGAGCAGCAGCAGCAGCUCUCCCUGAGCGACCUGGCGACCGAGCUCGAGCGGUGCUUUCGACAGGCAGAGAUGUACUGCUGGCUGUCCUGGCGUUUCGGCAAGACGUUUGUGGAGCGCGAGAGAGGCCUCGAGUUGAAGGCUUCCAUCACUGCUGCUUUGACACGGCUGAACGGAUCUGCUUGA